AGGUAGUUGCAAUGUCAAAUUUCCACUCAGAAUCGGACCCCGCUUUGAGUUUUCUAUACUAUUCCGAAAAGCCAAACUUUUUCCAAACCCACUUUCCUUCACCAUUUCUCUUGUUUUAAAUGUUUAUAAACUAAUACUACUUCUGCACUGCUGCUGCUAAAUUUGCCCCUUAAACAGUUACACAUCACAUCCCCUUCAAGUUUCAAACACUCAGCUUGAGCAAUAAGCAAUACUCACUGGUCAGAAAAACACUUCCACUUGAGUCACUUCACACACACACGCACACACUCUCUCUCUCUUCCCUUUAAUGGCAACUCUCUUCAUCUUACUCUCCCUCUCCCUCCUCCUUACCUCCCUUCACUUCUCAAGUUCAGAGACGUUUAUUGGAGUGAACUAUGGCCAAGUAGCAGACAACUUACCGCCGCCAUCAGCCACCGCAAAGCUUCUACAAUCCACGUCGAUAGAGAAGGUUAGGCUAUACGGAGCGGAUCCAGCCAUUAUCAAAGCUUUAGCUAACACUGGAAUUGGAAUCGUUAUUGGAGCUGCUAAUGGAGAUGUUCCUGCUUUGGCCUCGGAUCCUAAUUCAGCUGCUCAGUGGAUUAACUCGAAUGUUUUGCCCUUUUACCCUGCUAGCAACAUCAUCCUUAUAACUGUUGGCAAUGAGGUUUUGACUACAAAUGACCCGAACCUGAUAAACCAGCUUCUACCUGCAAUGCAAAAUAUCCAAAGUGCUCUUAGCGCGGCCUCACUCGGCGGAAAGAUCAAGGUUUCAACGGUUCAUUCAAUGGCGGUGUUGAGUCAGUCCGACCCACCAUCUUCCGGGUUGUUUAGCCCGAGUUAUCAAACGGCAUUGAAAGGCUUGCUUCAGUUCCAGAAGGACAACGGGUCCCCUUUUGCUAUUAAUCCAUACCCAUUUUUCGCUUAUCAAAGUGACUCAAGACCUGAAACGCUUGCCUUCUGCUUGUUUCAACCUAACGCGGGACGAGUUGACUCGGGAAACGGGAUCAAGUACAUGAACAUGUUUGAUGCUCAGGUUGAUGCAGUGCAUUCUGCCUUGAGCGCUAUGGGGUUCAAGGAUGUUGAGAUUAUGGUUGCUGAGACAGGAUGGCCGUAUAGCGGGGACAGUAAUGAAGUUGGACCUGGCAUCGAGAAUGCAAAAGCUUAUAAUGGGAAUUUGGUAGCACAUCUGAGAUCAAUGGUUGGAACUCCAUUGAUGCCAGGAAAAUCUGUGGAUACAUACCUCUUUGCACUUUAUGAUGAGGACAUGAAACCAGGCCCUGGUUCUGAACGGGCAUUUGGACUUUUCAGGCCUGACCUUUCAAUGACAUACGAUGCUGGGAUUUCAAAGAAUAGUCAGACUCCGUCAACACCGUCAACUUCUGUAACUCCAGUAACUCCACAACCAAAACCAACUGCAACUGGUUGGUGUGUGCCAAAGGCUGGCAUUUCUGAUGCUCAAUUGCAGUCAAGUCUAGAUUAUGCCUGUGGCCAAGGCAUUGACUGCAGUCCAAUCCAACCUGGAGGCGCCUGUUUUGAGCCUAAUACUCUAGCAUCACAUGCUGCUUAUGCCAUGAACCUUUACUACCAGAUAUCUAGCAAGAAUCCAUGGAAUUGUGAUUUCUCACAGACAGCAACACUAACAUCCCAAAAUCCUAGUUACGAUAAUUGCAUCUACCCUGGUGAGAGCACAUGAAAAGGCUGAUGAAUGUAAUUUGAAAUUGAACAGUUGAAUAAAGGGUGUGGGCCUUAUGUACCAUGUGGGUCUUGUUUAAAAGUUUUAACUGUAAAGUUCUUCUCUAACCUUUGAUCUCGAUGCAUUAGUGUAGCUUUUCUCUUUCUUCCUAUAUUAUUUAAUCUAAUAAAGUUAGGGGUGAAGAAAAUUGUGGAUAAAGUGCAAUUAAGUUGUUGAAACUUUGGUUAAAAAUGGGGUCCUCCUUGCUCCUUUCUUGUCUGUGUGCCAUGUUAUCAAGCAUCCAAUUAUACAUAGAUGUAUUAUAGUCUAUGAUUUUGGCAUUUUCUAUGCCCAAACUUUUGAUUUAUGUCAAGUUUCAGCUGAUUUUCUUUACCUGUUGUGUUCUGAAAUUACAAACACUGAAAGGAUUGCGAAGUUUUGCUUCUUAGUCAAAAAUCACUUCUGCAUUGCUCUUUCUCUGUCUGUUUUCAAUGUAAUGUAAGGUUUGGUUAUGGAGGUUUUGUUUGCCUGUGCGAAAAUUGGUUUCUAAAUCCCAAAGAUUUCAGAAAUUGAUCUGGAAUAGCACACUCUUGUCUUUCUGGUGCAAAUUGAAUUCAAGCUGUCCUGAAAAAAAUUCUCAGACUGACAUUGUGUACCUGUUGAAAACAACCAGGCUUCUGAACUUUUUAAAUGGUCCAGGACUAGGAGACUGAAAGGCAAAUGUACCUUGGGAAAGUUCCCAAAUGG